UGGAAGUUCAUCAAAGUGGGAAGUAAUUUAAAGGGAAAAGGAGUAGAUAUGGAUGAGGGAAAAGAAGUUUGUGAUGGAGAGAAAAGCAAUGCAAAUGAUUCUCAAGCCCGAAACACAUCUCCUGCAUCGUCCGAAAAGUGGUCAUCACCCUUUGAUUUAAAUGAAGAAGCCAUCAGUGAGGAAGAGGAGGACAGUUCUGCUGUUGAUAUUGCUGCCACUGAUAGGGAGGAAGAAGAUGAGGCUGAGGCAGCCACUAGUGGUAAUUCACUAAAGAACAAUAACACUGGGGAAGGGAGUGAGGGGACAACUACUGCUAGACAAUACGUACGGUCAAAAAUGCCAAGGCUCCGUUGGACUCCUGAUCUCCAUCUUGCUUUUGUUCAAGCUGUUGAAAAGCUUGGUGGGCAAGAGAGAGCAACUCCUAAGUUAGUUCUUCAGAUGAUGAAUGUGAGAGGGCUUAGCAUUGCCCAUGUUAAAAGCCACUUACAGAUGUAUAGAAGUAAGAAACUAGAUGAGUCUGGUCAAGUUUUAUCUCACACAAAUAGGGCAAUGCAAGGACUAGAUCACUUUCCUGACAUGUUCUAUCAAAGGAUGGGUCCUCAUCAUCAACACUACAGGAUGGACAAU